AUGCAGGGGUCACAACAAUUGCUGGGGGCAAACGGGUUCGUGGAGGUGGACAUGUGGAUGGACCAAGUGAGGAUGCAAAGUUUUCAAAUGAUUUUGAUGUGUAUAAUCUUGGAAGCAGCUGCUCCCUCCUUGUCAUCCAUCGAUCGUGGAAACAAGGAAUUGCUGUGCUGUGCAGCAGCUGGCUUCUUUGGUUACAUGCUUGCUUUGCUUCAACGCAGGGUUGGUUUGAUUGUGUCUUCUGAAAAUGAUCAAGAUGCCAUGAAUGAGAGUUUUCCCCAAAGUGACUUUCAGAAGCCAUUAAAAUCUAUGAUGAGGCCACCACUGAUUCCAUCUGAAGAUGAGCAGGAAAAGCAAGAAGAAAACUUUCUGGGAUCUUUGGCGAGGCUGGUGGCACAAACGGGGGAAUCUGCUGCUGAUAUUCUAGGAGCAGUAGCUCCUACUCCUAAGAAGACGUAUGCCUUCAUGACUAAGCCCGAGAAAAUGCAGCAGCUUAGGCAGAGCCGUGCCUUCUAUUCUGGAUGGGAUGGCGAUCUUCAGAAGCAGCAGCAAACCAAGAAACAACAGCAUCUUCAUCAGUAUCACGCAUCACCUGCUCAGACCUACUACGAGCGAAGCCCUGAGACAACCAAUGAGAUACUUUUUGGAGCAGUACAAGAGCAAUACAAAAGAGAGAAACUGUGGUGA